ACUCGACCAGCCGGCGCACCGGAGGUGGGCGACGCAUGCAGAUGCGGAUCGAAUGCCGCCAGCCAUUCCAGCGGGAGGCGUUCCUUCCUUAAAGUAUUCUCCUCCGUGCGACAGUUGUGCGCUCCCGCGGUUUAAAGAAUCCACGGAAGGAGGGCCCCGAUGGCCAUGCAUUCCCCGGCCUCCUCCGACCCCUUGCCGGAUUCCAGGGGCCGCGCCCCGGCGUCUGCUCCUGGAGUUGGUUUUCUUGGCCGGUAGUAGGACUGGUGGUGGUCACGGCCGUGCCGGCAGGACCGCAGGAGCGGUGAUUGGUGAGCGCUCUUGGUUGUGGCGGAUUCUUGGCUGCGGGUUUUGGGAUCCUGGGGAGGAAGCAUUUGGAGGUCGGAUUGUCGAAAGGUUCCUGCUGGCAUAGAAAGGAAACCUUCUACUGGGGUUCAGUGAAUAAUGGCGUCCACUGGCAAGGACAAAACAAAGGGUUGUGGCCCAAAACUUUUUACAACAAAGGAGAAGAAAACUGCUAAGAGCUCAAACAAUCCAAGCCGCCAUGCUGCUAAGCUCGCGCCAAGUUCUUCUAAGGCAUCAUCAUCAUCCCCCUUGAGAACGCUUUCAGUUAAGAGCAUGCGCCUCAGCCAUUUCCUUGCCCAAUCUUCUAAUAACACUACAACUGAACCCAUUAGAAUAUUUGUUUCCACCUGGAAUGUUGGAGGAAAAACACCUACUGCUGCACUAAACAUGGAUGAUUUUCUGCCCCCUGAUGACAAUUCGGAUAUUUAUGUUUUGGGUUUUCAGGAAAUUGUUCCUCUCAAUGCUGGUAAUGUGCUUGUGGUAGAAGACAAUGAACCAGCUGCCAGAUGGCUUGUUCUUAUAAACCAAUCACUAAAUCGACCAGCUGACAUUGAUGCCAAUGUCUUUCAGCAUGAACCAUCUCCCUCUGUUGAUUCUUCUUCCUCUCGAGCUUCAUCAAGCCUCGAUACCUCAUUCUCUGACCUAUCAAAAACAGCAAGUGGCACCACAAUCUUUCAGAAAUCCUUGCUAAAAGCCAUUAGCAAAUCUUUCAUGCCAGUCCGUAGAAAACAACUUAAGGCCUGUAAUUGCCCGAUAGAAAUGACCAAAGCGUCCUACAGGGAUGCUUGCUUUGGAUGUAAAAAAGCAUAUGCAGUUGAGACUGAUUCCUCUGGAGAGGAUGAAGAAGAGAAAGGGAAAGAUAAAGAGAAAUCAAGGGACUCUGAUGGCUUUGUGGUCGAUGGAAUUACUUCUGGUCUUGCCACUAGGGAUCAACUAAAAUAUAAUCUCAUAGCGUGCAAACAAAUGGUUGGCAUUUUUGUUACUGUCUGGGUGAAGAAAGAACUAGUACAACAUAUUGGGCAUCUAAGGAAGUCUUGCAUAGGGCGCGGGAUUCUGGGCUGUCUUGGAAACAAGGGAUGUAUAUCAAUAAGCAUGACACUGCACCAGACAAGCUUUUGUUUCGUUUGCAGCCAUUUGGCUUCAGGUCAAAAAGAAGGAGACGAAUUCAGGAGGAACUUGGAUGUUCUAGAGAUACUGAGGCUCACAAUGUUUUCGAGGAUUUGUAGAAGAGCUGGAAGAAAAAUCCCAGAGAAAAUACUUGAUCAUGAUAAGGUGAUAUGGCUUGGUGAUCUGAACUACCGUAUUGCACUGAGCUAUGCAGAUACCAAGAAGCUUUUAAUGGAAAAUGACUGGGAUGCUCUUUUUGAAAAGGAUCAGCUUAAAAUUGAACGGGAUGCUGGGCGAGUAUUUAAAGGUUGGAAUGAGGGGAAGAUAUAUUUUGCUCCAACAUAUAAGUACUCCUUCAACUCAGAUUCUUAUGCUGGUGAGACUGCAACAUCAAAGAAAAAGAGAAGAACUCCUGCAUGGUGUGAUAGAAUAUUGUGGCGUGGGGAUGGAAUUGUGCAAUUAUCCUACUACCGUGGGGAAUCUAGGUUUUCUGAUCACCGUCCUGUGUGCGGAACCUUUGCUGUUGAGGUUGAGGUACUAAACAAGGCGACGAAGAGGCGCUCAUCAAAUGCUGACUUGAGAAUUGACGCUGAAGAGCUCUUACCCACGGGCAAGGGUAAAGGCAUCGCACGAAAUGUGAGCUCUCUUAGAACAUGAUAAGAAUAUACAUAUAUAGCUUACACCAGUAUAUAUAUACCAAAGAAAAAGUUGAAGCACCACGAAGGACGCCUAUUUGGAUGAGGGGUAAACCACAACCAAUGCCAUCCCUCAUCCUAGCAGGUUUCAUGUGCUUCUGAUGACUUUUGGAAAUUGUUUUCUUUUGAAGAACCACAAUAUCUAACAUGUAGUGUUUGCGAAAUUCUGUCAGGGGCCCUUUCGUAGGUCUGUUGUUUCUUCAGAGUAGCUGCAGGUUGCAACUGAGACAGAACCUUUUUUUCUUUGACGAAAGCAGGAAUUUUAUUUGCUUUAUUAUUUUAUUAUUACUAGAGCAGGAUAAGCAAAGGUCAAUGUUUCUUUGUCCACCCCCCACCCACCCCCGGAGAUGCUGCUUGUGUUGUGUCAUAGGAUACACAAACUAAUCGAUUACAUGUAUCCCAACCUCGAUUGCCUCACGUAAAGCCCUUCUUUUAACAUGA